AUGGACUCGGUGCGGAUCCUGCUUUACUCUCUCAUCUUCCUGCUCAGCGUCUUUGGCAACCUUCUGAUCAUUGUGGUCCUGACGGUCAACAAGCGCAUGCGCACGGUCACCAACUCCUUCCUGCUUUCGUUGGCGGUCAGUGACCUGAUGAUGGCUGUCUUCUGCAUGCCCUUUACACUCAUCCCCAACAUGCUGGAGGACUUCAUCUUCGGAGCCGCCAUGUGUAAAACGGUCACCUACUUCAUGGGACAUUCCGUCAGGAUCUCCACCUUCAGCCUGGUCGCCAUAGCGAUCGAGAAGUACAGCGCCAUCUGCAACCGGCUGAAGUCGCGGGUGUGGCAGACUCGUUCCCAUGCCUACCGGGUCAUCGCCGCCAUCUGGGUGUUGUCGUUGGUCAUGAUGGUGCCCUACCCAGUGUUCAGCCACCUCAAGUCCUUCCCCAAACCCGACCGAACUAUGGGACACAUGUGCCGCCUGGAAUGGCCAAGCGUUGGGGUGGAACAGACGUGGUACAUGCUGUUGCUUUUAAUCUUGUUCUUCAUCCCUGGGGUUGUGAUGAUCGUUGCCUAUGGACUCAUCUCCAGAGAGCUGUACCGGGGGAUGAAGUUUGAGCUGGACCAAAACAGAGAGAACAGUGCACUGAAGAAUGGCGUAAACACCACUGUGACCACCAGCAACAACGACACAUACUAUGAUGGCUGCUACAUCCAGAUACCGAAGAAGCCACCGUCCAUGGAGCUGUCCACCCUCACCACCCCUACUCCGGCCCCUCCCAAACCCAAAGUGUCCGCCGAGCACCCUCGAAGCAAUACCUCGGAGGCUAAGCUCUUGGCCAAGAAGCACGUGAUCCGCAUGCUCAUUGUCACUGCCAUCCUCUUCUUCCUCUGCUGGAUGCCCCUGUACACGGCCAACACGUGGAAGGCAUUCCACAUCAGCUCAGCCCACCGGCUCCUCUCGGGGGCACCCAUCUCGUUCAUCCACCUAUUGAGCUACACAUCGGCGUGCGUCAACCCCGUUAUCUAUAGUUUUAUGAAUACACGCUUCCGCAAGGCGUUGCUCACCACCUUCGCCCACAGCCGUCCGCCCUGCUGUCGGCGCCGCCGGGGGAGGCGGAACGGCGGGGAUGAUGAGAUGACAGUGACGGGGACUAUGGGUCCUUUGUCCAUGUCCAAGAUCAGCUAUACCACAGUGAGCACCGCGGGGACCUACUGACUCUUUGUGAAGGGGGCUAGGGGUACAGUGUCCAUAUUAGGACAGCCUCAUUCUCAGCAGGACUUCUUCCUAAUAUGGACCCUGUAUAGGGGAACACAGGGGGCUGUAGCAGUGGGUACACAGGUAGUUGUGACCAAGGAUGGCAACCGACAGAAUGCUUGUGCAUUUCUUUGCUUGUUCGCUCCUGAUUUCUUCACGUUUUAUUGUGUAACAUACUGGGAUUAACAUUAAUUUAAUUUACAUUUUUUUGUCAACGAUCUACUCAAAGCACUCUGUAAUGUCAAAGUGGAAGAAAAUGUCUGAUGAAAAAUCAAACACUAAUAUAUAUUGAUUUGAUAAUUAUUCACCCUCCUGAGUCAAUACAUGUUAGAAACACCUUUGGCAGCGAUUACAGCUGUGAGUAAUCUUGGUUAAGUCUCUAAGAGCAUUGCACACCUGGAUUGUGCAAUAUUUGCCCAUUUAUUAUUUUCAGAAUUCUUCAAGUUGUUGGGGAUUAUGACUAGACAGCAAUUUAAAGUCUUGCCAUACAUUUUCAAGCAGAUUUAAGUCAAAACUGUAACUUGGCCACUCAGGGACAUUCACUGUCUUCAUUCAUGGUAAGCAAACUCCAGUGUAGAUUUGGCCUGUGUUGUAGGUUAUUGUUCCACUGAAAGGUGAAUUCCUCUCCCAGUGUCUGGUAUAAAGCAGACUUAAGCAGGUUUUCCUCUAGGAUUUUGCCUGUGCUCAGCUUCAUCCCAUUUAUUUUUGUCUUUGCCAAUAUCAAUCAUACCUAUACCAUGAUGAAGCCAACACCAUGCUUGAAAAUAAGGUGGCAGUUAGUCAAUGAUGUGUUUUGUUGGAUUUACCCCAAACAUAAGGCUUUGUAUUUAGGUCAAAAAGUGUAUUCCUGUGCCGUGUUUUUUUUUUAGUAUUACUUUAGUGCCUUGUUGCAUUCGUAUGCAUGUUUUAUUCUAUAUGUUUGUAUUCUUCUUUUCACACUGUCAUGUAGGUCAUUAUUGUAGUAUUGUAGCAGUUAUUGUAGCAGUUUUCUUCCUGUUCUGCAGCUCAUUUCAUUAGGACAACUGUAUCUUUGAUGUGUCUGGGUGGUUUAAUACAUAAUCAACAACAUAAUUGUUAACUUGUUUUUAUUUGAUUUAUUUAACCUUUACAUAACCAGGCAAGUCAGUUAAGAAUAAAUUCUAAUUUACAAGGCAAAAGGCCUCCUGCGGGGACGGGGUCUAUCUCAGAUAGGGGGAGUGAGGCCUAAGAAGGUUUUAUAAAUAAGCAUCAAGCAGUGUGUCUUGCGACAGUUAUACAGAUAUGACCAGUUUACGGAGGAGUAUAGAGUGCAGUGAUGUGUCCUAUAAGGAGCAUUGGUGGCAAAUCUGAUGGCCGAAUGGUAAAGAACAUC